AUGGCGUCUCGCAGACUAGCUUUGAACCUCUCGCAGGGCCUGCGAAGCCGUGCUCGUCUGUCGGCCACCGGUGCCCUGCGUCGGGGCUUCGCGACUCCUUCCAGCGUUGGCAAAACUCAAACCACAACACUCAAAAACGGCUUGACAGUCGCCACCGAGCACUCUCCAUGGGCUCAAACCUCGACUGUUGGCGUCUGGAUUGACGCCGGUUCUCGAGCCGAAACUGACGAGAACAACGGCACCGCACAUUUCCUCGAGCACUUGGCGUUCAAGGGUACCGCGAAGCGAUCGCAGCAACAGUUGGAACUGGAAAUUGAGAAUAUGGGUGCCCAUCUCAACGCCUACACCUCGCGUGAGAACACCGUCUACUUUGCCAAGUCAUUCAACUCCGAUGUUCCUCAGUGCGUCGACAUCCUGUCCGAUAUACUGCAAAACUCCAAGCUCGAGGAGUCCGCCAUUGAGCGCGAGCGUGAUGUCAUUUUGAGGGAGUCCGAGGAGGUGGAGAAGCAGGUCGAAGAGGUCGUCUUUGAUCAUCUGCACGCCACUGCUUUCCAGCAUCAGCCCUUGGGACGAACCAUUCUCGGCCCUCGCCAGAACAUCCGCGACAUCACCCGAACCGAGCUUACCAACUACAUCAAGAACAACUACACUGCUGAUCGCAUGGUUCUCGUCGGUGCCGGCGGUAUCCCUCACGAGAAGCUCGUAGAGUUAGCCGAGAAGCACUUUUCAGGUCUUCCCAGCAAGGGUCCUGAGAAUCAGGCCUACCUGUUGUCUAAAAAGAAGGCUGACUUUAUUGGCUCCGACGUCCGUGUCCGUGAUGACACCAUGGGCACUGCCAACGUAGCCCUUGCUGUCGAGGGUGUAAGCUGGAAUUCCGAUGACUACUUCACUGCUCUGGUCACCCAGGCUAUCGUAGGCAACUACGACAAGGCCAUGGGCAACGCGCCACACCAGGGAAGCAAGCUUAGCGGCUUGGUUCAUCGACAUGAGCUGGCGAACAGCUUCAUGAGCUUCUCUACCAGUUACAGCGAUACCGGUCUCUGGGGGAUCUACCUGAGCACCGAUAACACUGCUCAUCUCGAUGAUCUCGUUCAUUUUUCCAUACGCGAGUGGAUGCGUCUUUGCACCAAUGUCGGCGAAGCUGAGGUUGAACGCGCCAAAGCUCAGCUCAAGGCGUCUAUUCUUCUGUCUCUGGACGGCACCACUGCUGUGGCCGAGGAUAUCGGUCGCCAGCUGAUCACCACCGGCCGCCGCAUGAUGCCUGGUGAGAUUGAGCGCAAGAUUGAUGCCAUCACCGAAGUCGACGUCAUGGACUUUGCCAACCGCAAGUUGUGGGACAAGGACAUUGCCAUCAGCGCUGUCGGUAGUAUUGAAGCAUUGUUUGACUAUCAGAGACUGCGGAACACGAUGAAGCCCAAGUUCUGA